AUGAUCAAGGUUCCAGCCGCUCCUGCGUCGCGCUGCAGCGAACCCGUGUGUGUCCCGUCUGGCUCUAGCGACGGCUCACGAAACACGUCCUCCGUUCUCUGCAAUCUAGAGGCGUCAGACUUGACGAUCCGUGGUCAUGGGGACGUACACAAACCGGUCAUCGACAGCAACCACCCUGAUCCGGGGGUGUUGAUCCAAGAUGGCGUCGUGUACGCCGUCACCACCAGCGGCGACGCACCAGACGCCUUUCCCAUCAUGACAUCCACCGACAUGGUCAACUGGAAGUUGUCUGGACACGUGUUUCCUGCAAACGCCGCUGGCAGGCCCACGUGGGCCGUCAGAGACUUUUGGGCACCAGAGAUUCACCGCAUCAGCGCUUCACAGUACAACGUGUACUUUGCAGCACGCCACAAGGACGGCACCUUGUCCGUUGGGGUGGCUACGGGCCCAACGCCCCUUGGCCCAUUCUCUGAUCUUGGCGCGCCUCUCGUGCACACGCCCGGAAUGGGCAACAUUGACGCGUCCUUCUUCCGCGACGGCGACAACGACUAUGUGAUUUGGAAGCGCGAUGGCAACGGCGCAAUACCGCCCGUGCCCACACCCAUCUUUGUCCAGCGCGUUAUCAACAACGGCACCACCCUGGCAGCAGAGCCCUACGUGGCCAUCACCAAUGACCAGCCGUGGGAAGGACCUCUGGUCGAAGGGCCAUGGAUCGUGAAGCAAGGAGGGAUGUACUACAUGUUCUUCUCGGCCAACGGGUUCACGAGUCCAAAGUACGCAAUUGGCGUUGCACGCUCCCCAAACAUCACCGGCCCUUACGAGAAGUAUGCCUCCAAUCCUAUUCUUCACCGUGAUGCAGAUGCCUCCAACCCAGCCGGGUUCACGGGCCCGGGACACUGCUCUGUCGUCCAGACACCACACGCAAAGCAAUGGUAUGUCGUGUAUCAUGCGUGGCACAACGGCAGGAUUGGCGGAUCGAACCCACGCAUCAUGGCCGUGGACGAGCUGGCGUUUGAUCAGGGCGACCACUGGCCCCACCUGACGCACAACCGCACCACCCCAUCCUUCACCCCACAGCCCUUGCCUCAGGUGUAGCGUAGCCCAUGCGCGUGAGUUUGUGGUUGUAGUAGAGUAGAUGGAAACCUGGAAACAGCACGCGACCGAGGGUUGCGGCUGGCUGUGUUGUUUCAGUUGCGUUCUUUUGUCCCUCUGGUCAGUAAGAAGUACAAAACCAG